AUGACAAAAAUUGCUUUUAUUAUAGAAAAAGAAGCUGUCAAAUUACAUGAAACUUUAAGUACAAAGCAAGAACAAAUGACCAAAAAAUCAAAAAUUUUACGAAAAAAUGUUUUCUCAAUAAGUCAAAGUUUAAAUGAUCUUAAAAACUUCUGGAAUAUUCAGAUUGCUGAAUUAGAAAAUCUUAUCAUGUAA